GCAAAGCGAACCAGGGCCUCCUCUAUAUUGGCCGUUGAACGCGCAGACCUGCAUUCUCUCGCAACCCUGCAAACCGGACGGGUGGUGUUGGUCCGGAUCUCGAACCUCGAGAGAGAUUGGGUGUCUGAACGUAAUCGAAAAUUCUUUCCCUUUGCACCAGCGUACAACUUCCAGAGGUGCAUGGUAAGAGAGGGUUUCUACCUAGUUCGGCGUCUGGUUCGAAACAACAUUACAAUGCGCACGGCAGUUGUUGGGUUGUUGGCAUUUUGACAGUGUUGUGUUGUGGAAUAGGGGGAAAACCAAAAAACUCCAUUAGUGUAAUGUGUGAGGGAUGGUGUGUUGUUGUUCUGUGCCGUCGUCAUUAGCACCGCCCGCAUAAGUACGGCCACCAGCUCCGUGUUCCAGCUCCGAUCAACCAAUUUGUCCCAAUUGAUGCUGCAGCUACUGCUGGUGGCAAUUGGUAGUUAGAAAUUCCGACAGCUCGCUCUCUCCAACAGUGAACCUGCCCCGCCGACGAUCAACACUCAGUUGUGCUCGGUAUGACGGGUGUGACGCGAAAGGACCUCCGGGCGAGGUUUUGUCCGCCAAAGAUGCGAACGCUGCUAGUGACAGUGGUAACGGUGCUGGUGUUCCUGCCGGCCGGAUGGACCGGAACAUGGGGCCACGCACAGGCCGAUUUGAUCAAUCCGGCCAUGAUCGCGUCGAAUAUCGCGUCCAAACUACUGUGGCGUAUCGUGCUGGAGGUGGGUCUCCUAGAGUAUGGCACCAACCAAUCAAACCCAUUCAAUUUGGACCAAAAUUUGCGCACCCUGCAACAGAUUAAAGAGCUGUCGAACGAGCUGCGCACAAGCCAUAUCACCAUGACAGAGAUCCUCGGGCGACGUAUGCAAGACGUGGUCGAGGAUGUCAGUAACCGAAACCGGUUCAUUGACCGGCUCGAGCGGCUGUACGCGAUCGUGCGGCUGAUCGAACGGCGGGAAACGAAGAUGAACGCACUGCUGAACGUGGAUGCUGGCUACGAAACGCUUACCCUGAGCCAGUUUGCCGAGGCGACGAUCGACGUUAGCAGGACGAACAGCGUGAUCGAGCUGCUGGACGAGCUCGAGAUGAUCGUGACGGGCAGCAAUGUGGUGCUGGUAUCGUCCGGACAGCGCGACAUCUUCGCCCAACUAAAUGUGGCGGCGAGCAGUGUCAUCUGCAGCUUUGGACUAUCGCCACAACAGAUGAUCUAUAUGCUGUACGAAUCAAUUGCAAUGACCGAGCUGAAGGGCUACAUCAUGAUGCAGUUCUCGUAUGCGUUACUCAAGGUGCAAGGAAAAGGUAACUUCACUGAAGAAUCUCAAGCACGCAGUAACGAGCUAAAUACCCGGCUGGCCCGUACCCAGCAACUCAUGCAAAGCGUUAUGCGCCAGACGAGCGGCGAAUACUGGCGCUGUGACCCGGAACGGGGUACGCACCGGGAGAACACCACCUACGUACAGUUUACCCGUCUGCUUCAGGGUUACAUCGAGAACGAGGUGGACAUGAACACGGACAACACGUGUCGCGAAACGUGCGACCACUAUCAGUACGGUCACGAGCAGCAACAGUGCUACAAGGAGCUGUACUGCUCAAAACAGCCCAAGUGCGCGGGUCGUAUCUACGACUGCGAGUACAUCGACUCCGAUAUGUGGAUCUGCCCUGCGGCACCGGGCAGCCAACGACGGUACGAGUACAUCGAGUACGAGAAUGGUGAAAUCCGUGGCCGCAAACAGCACUGUCCGCGUGGUACGAGCAAGGUCGAUUCCUGGUGGCGUUGGCUGUUCUGGCACUGUAGCUACUGCUUCUGUCUGUGCGAUGAUGCGGGUCGUCAUUCGGACCGUUACGUUAGUCUGCGCGAAUCCGUCUCGGACAUUGAACAGAAUCGGGUCGUAACAGGAUUACGGUUUGUGAAGCGCAAGCAAAUGUUGCAUUUGAUUGUACAGCAAGGGCAACUGCUGCCGGGCGGUGACAUCGCUAACGACACACUCGAAUGGGUAGUACCGAAACCGUUCAGCCACACGGACAAGGGUGUACGUGAUGGGCGCGACUAUCACACACUCUCGUACGAUCGGCGUGCUAUCGAUCUGGAUGAUGUGCACGUGCAUCCGGGGUACGUGUUAACAGGCGUACGAUUCCGUACGCUCGGGUCCCAUUUGAACCUGGAAAUUCGCAUGACCGAGAUGAACUUCACGUCCGGCACAUUGGUCGAUAUCGACCAAAGCAUCUGGAUCGGCAACGAGGAUGCAGACAGGACGGAAAUUCCACUACGCUAUAUGGACGUACCAACGCUAGCGCCCGCCAGAUCAACGCCCGACUCUACCAGCGGACAAUAUCUACGCUUCGGUCCGUCCGGUGGACGUGCGGAUGCGGCUCAAACGACCAUCCCGUUCUUGGACGCCCAGCCCGUGUACACGCUCCGCCCAACACCACUGGCCGGUGCGGGACUGAUGCACAAAGGUACCCCGAAGUACGGUGGUUUCGUUGCGCCCAAAGUGUUCACAUACGACUUUGGACCGCACAUUCAGGUUCCUACCAAGGAAUGGCUCAAGGAAGAAGUAGGACGGAUGUCUAACCGCAGCAUCAAUUAGUUUAGAACGCGACUGUAGCAACCAUUUCCGAUGGGACGUGAACUACCUGCUAGGGGAGCUACUGUUUAGGGAGGAGUAAAGCGAUGGGUCCAUCUUUCGCUAGGGAAGGCAAUAUUACGAUCGGAUACUUAUAGGAGAGCCAAGAUUGUUUUGCUCUGCUAAAAAUUUCUGCAGGUGGAGAGCAAAAAAUAUAAAUAUGGAGAGAUGGAAUCAUCAUUUAUCAGAUCGAGCGAAACCAUUACGCUUCGCCUACCAAAUGUGACUUUUAACCGAAAAUCGAGAAAAUAAAUCCUAAAUUCCUAACAUUUAAA